AGAAAACCCGCGCGUAUGCGCGGGUAUUUGUCUAGUUUACUUGGAACCGUAAGCGGCGGGGGAGCUUAAGUCGCUACCUCUUCCGAUCAAAUUCUCUUUCUUCUUUCCUUCACUCCAAACCCUAGUUUCUCCCUUCCACGGCUCCUUUUGAUCCGAUCGAGAUGUCACAGGAAGAGAAAGCUAUGGAAGCCAUAAAAGACGCUUUAAGAGCUUUACGGAAGCGUCAUCGUCUUGAAGAAGGAGCUCAUGGUCCCGCGAUUUCUGCUCUCUCUAGACCUCUUAUCUCUCAGGGGUCAGAAUGGAAGGAGAAAACAGAAAAACUGGAAAUAGAGCUACAGCAAUGUUACAAAGCGCAAUCACGAUUGUCCGAACAACUCGUGAUAGAAGUAGCUGAAUCCAGAACUUCAAAGGCUUCUUUAGAAGAGAAGGAAGUGUUAAUUAAUGACCUGCAGGAGGAACUAACCCAAACAAGGGAGGAAUGUACACGGUUACAAGAAGAGUUAGAGGAAAAAACAAGAACGCUUGAUUUACUUAUCGCUGAAAACAAGGAAGCCCGAUCUCAGCUGGAGCAGAUGACAGAUAGAGCGCAAAAGGCGGAGUCUGAGAACAAAAUGUUAAUUGAUCGAUGGAUGUUACAGAAGAUGCAGGACGCAGAACGUCUUAACGAGGCAAAUGCUCUCUAUGAAGAGAUGCUAGCUAAGCUUAAAGCCAAUGGUUUAGAAAAUCUUGCUAGGCAGCAAGUCGAUGGAAUCGUCCGCCGGAACGAAGAUGGAACCGAUCACUUUGUUGAGUCAACCAUUCCGUCAACAUGUGGCCACCGUAUCCACGCUCACGAAGGUGGCUGCGGUUCAAUACUCUUUGAGUACAACUCCGGCACUCUCUUCACCGGUGGGCAAGACCGGGCGGUGAAAAUGUGGGACACGAAUAGCGGGUCCCUAAUCAAAAGCUUACACGGUUCCAUCGGGAACAUACUUGAUCUAGCCAUAACUCACGACAACAAAUCCUUGAUCGCAGCGAGUAGCUCGAACAAUCUGUUUGUGUGGGAUGUUAACUCCGGUAGGGUGCGUCACACACUCACAGGCCACACCGAUAAAGUCUGUGCUGUGGAUGUGAGCAAGUUAUCGAGCCGACAUGUCGUUAGUGCGGCUUAUGACCGUACCAUCAAACUCUGGGAUUUGCAGAAAGGUUACUGCACCAACACGGUGCUCUUUGCAAGUAACUGCAACGCGAUCUGUCUCAGUAUAGACGGGCUUACGGUGUUCUCAGGCCAUAUGGAUGGGAAUCUUAGGUUAUGGGAUAUUCAAACGGGGAAGCUUCUCUCUGAAGUAGCGGGACAUUCUUCUGCUGUGACCUCGGUAUCGUUGUCCCGUAACGGGAAUAGGAUCUUGACUAGUGGCAGAGACAAUUUGCAUAAUGUGUUUGAUACACGGACUUUGGAGAUCUGUGGGACGUUGAGAGCUUCAGGGAAUAGAUUGGCUUCGAAUUGGAGCCGGUCGUGUAUAAGUCCCGAUGAUGAUUAUGUUGCUGCAGGUUCUGCUGAUGGGACGGUUCAUGUAUGGUCUAUAUCUAAAGGUAAUAUUGUGAGCGUUCUUAAGGAGCAAACGUCUCCUAUACUGUGUUGUUCUUGGAGUGGGAUUGGGAAACCAUUGGCAUCGGCUGAUAAAAAUGGGUAUGUUUGCACAUGGACAUGAUUGUUUUAAACGGUUUUAACACUGGUUUGAUUACUCAAGUACGUCUUUGUUUAGAAAAGGAUGGACGUAUGUGUGUAUACUCUUGUCUUGUCUCGUGGUGUUCUUUCCCUCAAAGAACUUGCGUUUGAUGAAAUGUUUCCGACGUGUAUAGAAUGGUUUUUUCUUAAUGUUCAUUUUCAGUGUAUUUGCUCAAUUGUUUGAAAAACAUAAGCAUUAGCACAAUACCAGUUUGCUAAA